UGCCUUCUUGAGCCUGCUUGUGGCCACCCACAGACACUUGUAAGAAGGAAAGAAGUCAGCUUGCCAGAGACACUGUGAAAUGAGGGAUUAGAGUCCGGGACCCAAGAAACAAGAGCAGCAGCCAAAAGACCAGCGAACGGGCUCUGAAGAGACUUAUAUUGAGAGGUCUGCCAUGGCCUCCCUUGGCGUCCAACUGGUGGGUUACAUCCUAGGCCUUUUGGGUCUCUUAGGCACAUCGAUUGCCAUGCUGCUUCCCAACUGGCGAACAAGUUCUUAUGUUGGUGCCAGCAUUGUGACAGCCGUUGGCUUUUCCAAGGGCCUCUGGAUGGAGUGUGCUACGCACAGUACGGGCAUCACCCAGUGUGAUAUCUACAGUACUCUUCUAGGACUUCCUGCCGACAUCCAGGCUGCCCAGGCCAUGAUGGUGGCAUCCAGUGCUAUGUCCUCACUGGCCUGCAUUAUCUCUGUGGUGGGCAUGAGAUGCACAGUGUUCUGCCAGGAAUCUCGAGCUAAGGACAGAGUGGCUGUUGUGGGUGGAGUUUUCUUCAUCCUCGGCGGCAUCCUGGGUUUUAUCCCAGUUGCCUGGAAUCUUCACGGCAUCCUUCGGGACUUCUACUCACCACUGGUUCCUGAUAGCAUGAAAUUCGAGAUUGGAGAGGCUCUUUACUUGGGCAUUGUUUCAGCCCUGUUCUCCCUGGUGGCUGGAGUCAUCCUCUGCUUUUCCUGCUCUUCUCAGGGGAAUCGUACCAACUACUAUGAUGGCUACCAGGCCCAGCCUCUUGCUACUAGGAGCUCUCCAAGGCCUAGCCAACAGCCCAAAGCCAAGAGUGAGUUCAACUCCUACAGCUUGACUGGGUAUGUGUGAAGA